AUGUCUUCCACCCUCUCGUUCCUCGACCAGUUCAAUGCCCCCUCGACCGAAGGCGGGAAAAGAAUCUCAAUCUACACCCCUAAGCACACCCACGUCGGCGACAGCACCUUGCUGACAUUCCUUCUCAGUAAUCCCACCGACGUUUUCAACAAGCUCAAAGCCCACAACCCCGAGGCAACCAAUGCCACCGACCGCGCUGCACUAGAAGUGUACCUCUCCGCCCGCCAUGAAUACGACGAGGCUGUCAAGGCAGCCGACGAGGCCAUCGACCACCACAAACGACUCCUACGUCAACAGGACGACCGUGUCCUCACCGAGCUCAUUCGACUCGACAAUCUGAAAGUUGCCCAUCGCUUUCAACCGCUCCUAUCACGCAGCAUCCGGUUGCCCAUCGCUUUCAACCGCUCCUAUCACGCAGCAUCCGGGUGUGACACAACAAAUUCAUCCCACGCGCCAUCCCCAACGCGUACCUACCCCUACCCGCACCCCUACCGACGUCUGCCUUCAGGUGCCCCCCGAUCCCAUCCCCUUUCCUCCAAGCAACACCACGGAGCACUACCAUCCCAGCUGACUGGCAACCCAACCCUGGUUGGACCCCGAAGGGAAGCUGCAGGCGAUGCGGAUCGUCUCGACACUGGGUACGGGACUGUCCGGACGUACGAUGCGCAGGAUGCGGAAAAGAAGCCCCUGGACACCUGGAGCGAGAAACCUGCGCGACGCGUGGGGGUGGUCGUCGACAACGUGUUCCUCGAGGAAAUCACCAACGAGGCGAAGGAGAGGAAGGAGAAAGAAAGGCAGAUGAAAGCGGUACCUAUUCCUCCACUGCGCAGUGCUAACCCCGAACCCCCAACCAGUCCCAUCGCGGGACCCUCGCGCCCCCGCCCCGAUACACCCAUUGUCUUUUGCAAAGUCGACCCCGACUGGACACCCGACACCACUCAAUGGACGUGGGACAGCUCCUGGCCGCAUCAGAAGCACCUCUCUGGUGAGGAAUGGAAGAACGUAGGGAGGAACACGCGCAAGGAGUGGUUCGACGAAGAGGAGGACGACGGCGUAGACUGGGAGUUGUAUGGAGAUGGUGAGCAGUAA